AGUAUUUACUAAUAGGUUAGGUAAUUUAUAGGUUGCAGGGUUUCAUUUGCCAUGUGGAACUGUUCAGUGUGGCUCGUUGUUUUCUGACGGACCGGAGGUAUUCCCAGAUAUGGCAACUUGCACGCGGAGUGUGUGGAAAGUUUUAGCAGGAUGCCAGAGGCAGCUGCUGAGAGCCGGCAGCCCCGCCUACAAAGGCGUCUCACAGACUGCACCGAGGAAUCUACCUGCCAGGACUUUCGCGGCUGUUAGGCCACUAAAGAAAGACAAGAAAGAGGACACAGGUAAGGAGGAGAAGAUACAAAAGAGAGUCAUCGAUGACAAAGACAGACAUAAGCCUUAUGGCAAGACGGCGUGGGCGCCUGUGGAUGACGUGUACAUUAUGAGGUACUACCCCAGGACGAUCUAUGACGCAGCAGAUGCCAUUGACAUGCUGAAGAAGUUUCAGGCGUUGGAUUUCACUCCCCACAAGCAGCCAGUUUACAUCGAUCUGAGGCUAAACAUGAAACUGGAGAAAAAGAAAAAAGUGGAUCCCUUCGUCAGCACGGUGCACUUACCGCACCCCUUCAAGACACAGAUGAACAAAGUUUUAGUUUUUACUGAGGAUGCUAAUCAAGCUAAAGUUGCCCAGGAGAACGGAGCUGUGUUUGCUGGAGGAACAGAGCUCAUACAGCCGAUCUUAGAUGACGAGAUUUCAGCAGACUUCUAUGUAGCAGUGCCAGAUAUCCUGCCGAAGCUCGUGCCGCUGAAAAACAAAUUGAGGAAGAAGUUUCCUAAGAGCAAGAGAGGCUCAGUCGGCAUCCACAUUCCCAAGAUGUUGGAGUUGUUUAAAACCGGUCAUGAGUACAUGGUGGAGAGCGACUGCUACGUCAGGACCCAGAUAGCCAUGCUCGACAUGCCCAAAGAACACAUCUUUGCCAACCUGCAAACUAUCCUGGCUGAUGUUUGCUCCCACCGACCAGCCAGUACGGGACCUUUCAUCAAGCGGGCUAUCAUCGCCAGUCACACCAGUGAAGCUCUGUGGUUCAAGAGUGAAGACUUUUUACCAAAACCAGCAGAGGAGAAGGACUGACCUGUCUGUCUCAGAUUGUAAAUAUUCACUGUAUUGAAUAAAGUAUUUGUUCUGACUUUG